GCGUUGCCCUAACAACCAGGCCCCGGGGACGCGCGGCCAGGCUUGUGGGUUCCCUGGACUGUGGGCGCCUCACCAGCCCUGCCCCGUCUCCAGCACCAUGUCGGUGCGGACGCUGCCGCUGCUCUUCUUGAACUUGGGCGGGGAGAUGCUUUACAUCUUGGACCAGCGGCUGCGGGCCCAGAACAUCCCAGGAGACAAGGCCCGCAAAGUUCUGAACGACAUCAUCUCCACCAUGUUCAACAGAAUGUUCAUGGAGGAACUCUUCAAACCCCAAGAGCUCUACUCCAAGAAGGCCCUGAGGACUGUCUAUGACCGCCUGGCUCACGCCUCCAUCAUGAGACUAAACCAAGCCAGCAUGGAUAAGCUCUAUGACCUGAUGACCAUGGCUUUCAAAUACCAAGUUCUACUGUGUCCCCGGCCCAAGGACGUGCUGCUGGUCACCUUCAAUCAUCUAGAUACCAUCAAGGGCCUCAUCCAAGACUCCCCAACCAUCCUGCACCAAGUGGAUGAGACUUUCCGACAGCUGACAGAAGUGUACUGUGGCCUGCCUGCCGGCGAGUUCCAACUGAUCCGUCAGACGCUCCUCAUGUUCUUCCAGGACCUGCACAUCCGGGUGUCCAUAUUUCUGAAAGACAAAGUGCAGAAUUCAAACGGCCGGUUCGUAUUGCCAGUGUCCGGACCCGUUCCCUGGGGAACCGAAGUUCCAGGCCUCAUCAGAAUGUUCAACCACAAAGGUGAAGAAGUAAAGAAGAUAAAAUUCAAGCACGGCGGGAACUAUGUCCCUGCAACCAGAGAAGGUUCUUUGGAACUUCACGGAGACCGAGUCCUGAAACUGGGCCUGAACAUGUACAGCCUGAACCCGCCUGUGGACACCCACACGUCUGGAGCAUCAAAGAAGUCCGCCUCACGAGCCCAGGAGAACAUCACUCCAAAUCCACUCGCUAAGGAAGAGCUGAAUUUCCUGGCCAGACUGUUGGGAGGGAUGGAGAUGAAGAACCCCUGUGGCCCUGAGCCAGGGUUCCGGUUGAACCUCUUUACCACAGAUGAAGAAGAGGAACAGGCAGCGCUAACCAGGCCAGAAGAGCUAGACAACAAAGUUAUCAACAUACAAGCUACCCAGGACCAGCAACGGACCGAGGAGCUGGCCCGCAUCCUGGGAGAGCUGGAGGUCACCGAGCAACCAAGGUGGAGCACCAGCAAAGGAGAUGACCUGCUGGCCAUGAUGGAUGAGUUAUAGCCACAUGGCCAUCCAGGCACACCCCUCUGCCCCAGGAGGGAAGCCGCUGGAUGAGGACACGCCUCCACCGCCAACCCCACCGCUGCCCCGCACUGGGGAAGGGUCAGGGUCCAGCCUGCUGCUUCUCGUUCUCUACAAAGCAAAACCAUUUCUUGCACUGCCCAUUUCUGUGAUGAACUCUGAGACUUUGCCUGAGAUGGUACCCUGCGCUUGAAGGCCCCCACAUACACUGUAUUUUCAGCAAAAUAGAGUCUGGCUUUCAAACUACA